AUGCUUCUUUCCUUGACGCAAGGAGGACAUGUGAAUGAAGAGUACAACAGCAGCAGUAACACCAAUGAAAAGUUGUCCAAAGCUACUUUCAUUUUGCCAGCAUCUAGCGAUAUUCUGGGAAAAAAAGGCAAAUAUUCGACAUGGAAACAGCAAGCCCAGAAGAGCUUGAUGUGUGAAUUUCGUGCAUAUGAUUCCACUCGGUAUUACAACAUAAACCAAACCAAUUCUCCUUCUUUUUUGAAAGACUCAAACUAUGUCUUUGGAAAAUGGCCCAUCAUGUUAUUGCGCUCUUCCCAAUACGAACAUACCAAAUUGUGUAUUGAUAGAACUGAAUGGUCACCAAAGGAUCAACCUUCAGAUAUUCAUCCCUCGGAUGGAACCAAUCCAAGUGUCUUGUCCAUUGCAAGGCUCAAAGAGGAGGCCCCCCUUGUAGCGGCAAACAUCUUGUACCAUCAUCCAAACACAACCUUCCUCGCUUCUGUCACCAACAAGAUGUUUCCUCAGUGUGUCUAUAAUGGGACUCCUCAGCUCUAUGAGAAUGCACGCACACUCCUCCUUUUGCUUGAUGACCAAAUGCAAACAGUGGCUCAGGCCACCCUACGCGUUCUGGUUGAUCAUACAUGGGGUCUAAAAGAGUGGGUAUUGCAUGAGCCAAGCAUGAGAUCCGAUCCACCACUUGAACAAAUCAUAUCAAUUCUUGAUGACCCCAGACUCUUUGUCUAUCAAGGACAGGUGCAAAUCAGCUUCAUCAGCCGUGCUUGGGGAUGGACUGAUCAGCACUUCAGUGCUGUCCAUUUUGACUUUGUUCGUGGGAACAGCCCACACAGCAAAUUUUGGGCCACUCUUUGGGCUUCGGAGGCUGUCACAUUGGGAAAGGGGCGAAACCAGGCCAUCUUGUUUGAUCCAGAUGUUUCCUAUACUAAAGAACAAGCCAAGAGAGAGCCCUCACCUAAUCUGUUUUCUGUAUCCUGGGUAAGCCCAGUUACAGUCCUCCCAAUUGGUAAAACACAUCCAUCUGAUUAUGUAAAACAAGAGGGAAGACGCCUCGGGGAAAACAACGAGAAGAUGCAAAACUCAACAACAGUCAGCACCGUGCAUACCUGGGAAGCUGCAAAAGCACACGGAACUAAUGGCAUGAUGGUCCGUUUGCCUUCAAUACAGAAGGGACCUGCAGAGUACCUGGGUGUGGCACAUUUUCACCGUCCCCAAAACUGCAGUGUUAGCAUCUAUGCUCAAUUUGGACAUCACUAUACACAUUUCUUCUACACCAUAAGACGAAAUUCCAUGAACAGUACUGACUUUCAUUUGACAGCCUUGUCCCCUGAGUUUGUUUUGCCAUCAGUUGACAGCAAUGGCAAGGCUCCAAAUGAAGAUGGAUGGAUGAUGGAUGCUCAUAUCAUUCAAUUUAUCUCAGGCAUUGAAUUUCUUGCUGAUACCAAUGAAAUAGUCAUUGCCUAUGGGAUCAAUGACUGUGAAUCCUCCAUCACUGGCGUGUCCUUGCAACGUGUGCGAGAUAUGCUGGUUCCAGUUGAUGCUGGCCAGGAAAUUGAAGACUUUAUUCGGCCACUGGAGGAUUUCCCGCAACAGCCAAGCAUCUAG